CGAUAACUCUGAACUAUCUUUGAAGCAAGCUUUUCGUUACGUACCUUGUACGUUUCAUGAAGCAUGAAACGCCAACAGUAAUGGAAAAAGGAUCCCUUCUUGUUUGCCCCAAAGCCAUCCAUUUCAUUUCCUUCAACCUCUUUCUUCUUCAUAGGAAGCCCUCGUCAAUCAACUUUUACAGCAUGGUUAUUGAUUAUAUAUAUAAUUCCAUCUUCUUCUUCAACACUCAAAUCUCUGCACUCUCAAAAAAACUCCAAUAAUAUAAUCUAUGGAUAUGAGAGGCCGUCCUCGUGUUGUCGUCAAUGGCGUUCAAAGAACCAGAACCUUCCACUACUUCUGGUGCCAAACAUGCCAGCGCGCCGUCAGAAUCCCCUCCUCUGCAAACCCUAAUUUCUCUUCCUGCCCCUUUUGCUCCCAUCAAUUACACCUCGAACUCGAUAUCACCAGGCCCAGCCUUCUCAUGAAUACUCCUCCUAAUUUACAGCCUUCACCUAUUCCUCUAUUAAUGAGAGAGCGAAACGCUCGAUUGAAUCGAACAGUUCAAAGGUUUGAAGAAACCGAACAAGGACCGAAUUCUCAGACCUGGAUCACUCUCCGAUUUGCGAGACCAGCUCGUCCACAAAGGCACAUUCCGGGAGCCCCUGACGACAACAGUCCACCUCCGGCCGAGGAUUCCGCCAUCGAAGGAUUGCCGACGGUAAAAGUCACAGAAGCACAAUUAACGAGCGAUCCGAAUUGCGCGAUUUGCAAAGACGAAUUUCAGCUUGAAAUGGAAGUGAAAGAGUUACCGUGCAAGCAUUUCUAUCAUUCGGAUUGCAUUACGCCUUGGCUUCGCACGCACAAUACCUGUCCCAUUUGCCGCCAUGAGAUGCCAAGCGCUUCAUCAUCAUCAUCAUUUUACAAUUAUCGUGAAGAUUUCUCGCAUUUUGAUUAUCGAUAUGGUUUUAGGUUUGAAGAAGCUACACAGGGAUUGAAUUGGAUAUGGAGCCAGCUUGUUUCUUUACGACCUGUGCGCGCAGUUAUGGAAUGGACUCAGAGAUAUUUGUUUGAUUUUCAUGAAAAUGAUGAUCGACGAGGAGGUGGUCCGUGGUGGCGAUCAUUGCUGAUCAUAUAGUUUUAGAUAUCAUCUGACCUCAUGCUGUAAACUCAUUUCAUAUUAUUGUGGCUGCAAUCAACAAGUUGAAGCAGCUGUUGAGGCAAUCAGUUUUAGGGUUUGGGAAAUGCAAGAUGCAGUUAUAGCCUCAUAAGAAGUUGAUUGAGGAAAGCAGAACACAGGGAACACAAAUUUCAAGGCUACAAAAGUUUAGGCAUAACUCAUAAUAUCAUAACUGUUGCUGAUAUGGAGAAGGGAAAAGAUACUGUACAUUCAACCUACAUAGGCACAUUAUACCCAGACAUUAUUUUAUACAAAACACACUUAAUUAGUUUGCUGUAUUCUAUUAUAUUCUUUUCCAUUUUAUUAUCUACCAUUUUUAUACAAAAUUUACCUUCCUUUCA